AAGCGCGCUCGGCUCGGGCGGCGCGCGGCGGUGUCCAUCGUCUCUGCGGGCUCGCGCCACCUUUAGUUUACCUUGCGCCACGCGCAGACUCGGUGUCAGCCGGGGCCAGUUGGGCCUCGCGCCCCUGCAGGGUGUGGCCGAGCGCGCGCUCUUUCUUUCUCUCGCCCCCACAGACAGAGUCAGUCACACACGGCGCAGCUCAGCAUCCCGAAAAUGAGCUUUUUCGGCUCCGAAUCUCCUUAAGCUCAGUUUAAUCCGAUAUUCGGCCCAAACAACCGGGUCCAAACUUGUCCGCGAGUUUAAAUGUACAAAAAUUUGUAACAAAUCAAUCAUUGUGCCCGUUUGUAAAACAGCAGAGAAAACGAGCAUUUGAUUUGUCGAUUGAUGAUAAUAGGAGGAAGAGCCUUGAUUAUACUCCUGUGUGCGACAGACCAACACAUUUCACCUGUCCUGUGUCUGGGGGGGGGGCACUGAACUGCUGACUGACACCGUGUCCCUCCUUCACACCCCACACCUGCCUGUGGGCCCUGCUGUGCUCCUCUUUCUCAUGAUUUAAUCCUCACACCUUCUGCUUCUCCUCCCCUGAGAUGCAUCCAGUGCCUCGCACCGGGUGUGAGAAGAUCCAUCGGAAGGAAGGAGAGCAGUUGAAAGCGUGCGGAUGGAGUUUCAAAGCGUGUCCUUCAAUUCCGAUGAAGCCAGUAACUGUGUUAAAGAGUGCAUCGAGAGCAUCAUCGGUGGGCUGGACUACAACCAGAACAAAGUGAACCAGUGGACAGCCAGCAUUGUGGAGCACUCCCUCACCCAGCUGGUCAAACAAGGGAAGCCGUACAAGUACAUUGUGAAUUCUGCUAUCAUGCAGAAGAGCGGAGCUGGUCUUCACACCGCCAACUCUUGCUACUGGGACACCACUACUGAUGGGAGCUGCACAGUGCGGUGGGAGAACCGCACCAUGUACUGCGUGGUUAGUGUCUUUGCUGUGGCUGUGGGGCUUUAGCCACUAAGUAAGUCAAGGUUGUGGAUGGGGGAGGUGCUACUAACAUGUCUGCAUGUGCCACCAAUGAGAGGCACCCUUCAGUGCAGGAGAACCACCAAAGCCUUGAAGAUCUGAUUCUGAACCCACCUGUGUGGAGGCGCAUGGACGUGUGUUCAAAAUCGCCACAGACCACCCGGAAAGUUGUCUCCUUGUUGUGUAUUGACAUGCAAGUUUAAAAUGUUAUCCUCCUGCUGUGCUUGACUUCCAUACCCAGCCACUCUGCUUCCAUAUUUAUUAGCAUUGUUAUUAUUUAGUGUUAUAUACAGAUUAACAGUCUACUGAAGGCAUAGUUUUAAAUAAUUAAGUGCUCGUUGACUCAUUAUGUAUGCUGCUCAGAGCUCCUUCGAAAUCAUGCGUACCUUCAACCGUUCGUCAGAAAUGCUUCGUAGUUCCACGCUUGCGCUUCCUGCUAGACGACGCCCCGGUAUUAUCCUGUUACAUACACAUUACAUAAUAUACAUUGCACUUAUUUAUGGCAAUAUGUAAAACAUUGUCCUUUCAGAUUUCAGAUGAGUCUAGACCUGCCUGUCUCCAUAAUAAAACUCCCUGUCCAGGCAUGGGCUUUAAGUUGGAAUAGAAAAUUCCAAAAAACAAUUUUUUUUGUAAUUGAAGAAUUAUUGUAUCAUUAUGCUGGUAUGCAAACUAGCAGAAGUGAGUCCCGCCCACUAAGUGAGAGAGCAUGCGUGACAUGCUUAAAGUGAUAGUUAACCCUUAAUGUUGUCACAGUCUCUUGUAGAGUUAUUAAUGACGAGCUCCAGAUACUGAAAUUCAGGUACUUUUUCUUUGUUAGACCGGCUCAUGGUCUUGUGUCAUAACGCUACUUUUGCAUUGCUGCUACAGUAUGAAUUAAAAAAAAAAGAAAAAGGAACCCCUCAAUUCAUACAGAUCCCACUUUCCAAAAACAGGGAGAUUUGGUGGGGAGUUAUAGUACAGUGCUGUAUGUGUUUUGUACAGCACAGAGGAGAUAUUUAUCGUUGCUUCCUGCUCCUAUGUACUGUGACUGAUUCGUUGCUGCAAUAAUGUAUGUGCAGCAUCCUGAAAAACAGCCAAAUACAGUACUGCGGCCAUCAGUGAGAGCUGUAACAAUAAGCAUCGAAAUGUAUCAAAUACAGUAAAGGGUACAUUAGAAGGGUCAAUAUGAAAUAUAGAUGACGCAUUUCCUACACUGUACGCAUUCCAUAUUAUUCACCUCCACAGAAUAUCUAUUAGCUUUGUGCUACUAGUGUCUUAUGUUUUUGUGAUGUGUGUUUAUCCAUCCCAAGGGUCUUUAAAAGUUUACCAAACAAGCUAAGGUGCCCCCAGCAAAAAAAAAAUGAAAAGGUGAACUUUUCUGAAAAGGGUGCUUUUCUGUCGUUUAAUAAUGUGAAAUUACACCUUAUUAAUAAUGUGUUCCAUUAUUUCUCACAGGAGCCACUUUCUCAGUUGCUUCACUUUUUUGGUUCACGUUAGUGUUGUACAGCGAGGUCCUCUGCGCUCUGCAUCCUGUGUCGCACUAUUCCUCGCAUCACUCGUUUUGUUUCGCUUCACAUCUCGAAUAGGGGAAGUGUUUUGUACAGGGAGCCAAGCACAGACGAGCAGCUGCUCAUUAGCUCCUUGAAACAGGAGUUUGAGACGAGUUUUUUUUUGUCUGAGGUCUGUUUGCCUUCUUUUAAUUCCCUUUCUCCUCUCAGUGAAAGUGAACUUUGAAAAAAGUUUGUUCCUUUACUGCUGACAAUGUCUGUAACAGUGAUUGUUGCAAAGCUAGAAUUCCUGUUUGCUUUUGCUUUAAUUUAACUAAUGCUGCCAUUGUUGGUCACCCUGUAUUUAAUGGUUUAUAUUUUCAAGCAGUAGAAUGUUUUACCUCUUGUGGGGGGGGGGAAGUUGAAUGACUUAAUAUAAACAAAAUAAUUUUGUUCCCGUUUUAUGGCAUAGUCUUAAAACCGCAGUUAGUGCUGAUUCUGUCAAUGUGCUAAAAAUGUUACCUAACCUUAUUUGCAUCCCCCCCCUCGAAUCCCAUAAGUUUAAUUAUAUAUUCUUUAAUGUUAUUUUUAUUAAUAGACAUUGCUAAUCAUCUAUAAUGUUUUAAUGGUUAUUAUACAAAAAAGGCAGAAAUUUUCUCCCAGCAGAAGUUAAUUAUCGCUGUGACAGAUACUGUAGUGUUUACUGUACUUUGAGUCUUGUCCUCCUGGGUUACUCUGAAUGUAUGAGUGGACCUCGGUACUGCACAAGUAAUGCUUUUCUAAAUUGAUGGAGCUUCCAGUGCUUUGGUUUCAGACGCUGUCAAAUGUAAUCACCACCACCACUAUGAGGAGAGGUGUGGCCAAUUUCUGAAUGUCAGAAUCUUUACAGCUGCGUAUCUUGUACAAAAUAUUUGCCAUUUUGUUCUUGCAUCAGAAUGUCUUUGACCACAUAUUGUAAAAAAUGAUGGGGUAGACAUGUUUUUUGACUCCCUGUGUCCAUCGGGCCCUGACUGGGGAGAGUGGGUGGAGGACAACGGCUGACAUUGGUCACCAUUGUCUGGCAAGUUGAAUUGGACUAUGUCUCUAGAUAGGCAGCACAGUUAUCUGAAGACAAAUGCAUGGUAAAUUGAGAUGUGAAUAAACACAAUUAAUC